AUAUAACGAAGCGCACAUCCGCUAGGAAACGGGAGACGUGACGUUAUACGGGUAAUGACAAUACUUUAAGGAAUAGAUAGAACUGGGUCAGAAGGAAAUUCCCGUUAGGAGACGACCUUAGAAAACAUGAUUCUUAUCCUCCUCAGGUCACAAAAGGCGCGCACAAUGGUCAGCGGCGAGUAGGCAUCGAAGUGAGACGAGUGAAAGUGUCCUACAUCGUCCAGUCGAGAGCUACAGUGGUUGUGGUAGUAACUGCACGGGUACCAUGGUGGAAUUCAAUCGGAAGAUCACCAGUUUGGCUAUUGUUGGGAGUAUGUUGGCCAUGGCGGCAGUGGGCCUUGUAACCUACUACGUUGUGACCGAGACCCAGCCGAAGGAGAGGCAGACAACCUUGCUGAGCCAGGCACGCGUCGACGAAAACCCACCGAACUGGGAGAAAGCGUGCAGGUUGCCGAAGGAAGUGGGGCCGUGUCGGGCGCUGAUACCCAUGAUUUACUGGAACCCAGACACAGGACAGUGCGAGGGCUUCGAUUAUGGAGGCUGCUUGGGGAACGAUAACCGGUUCGAGACCCAGGACGAAUGCCUUGAAAAGUGCGGCAAGGUUCAAACCAUCUCAGCCUCUCUGGAUCACAACCUCAAGGAAUUUGUGCGUGGCACAGCCUGGAUCAGUGUGCCAUGCCCCCCAACCAAAGCUGCCAAGUCCCUCCCAGCCUUCACAGCAAAUGGAUCCAUUGUCGACAAUCAAAGUGGCAUAGACAAACAUGGUGGCAAGCUGUAG